CCAGCCGUGGAGCGAUGGGUUAUGUAUUAUUCAAGACGACAAGAAUGAUUGAGCAAAAGAGUCUGCCCAGAUGGCCACGAUCUAUCAAAACUCAUAUAUCGCCCUUGCGGCCACCAAGUCUAGGAACGGCAGUGAAGGCUGCUUUUCUUCGGCAACACCCAUGGAUCAAGAUCACCCCUUAACUCCGCCUUUGGCGGAGAUGAGUCGUGGAUGGGUAUAUCAAGAAAAGCUCUUGGCGCCGAGGGUUCUGCACUUUUGUACAAAAGAGCUGGUCUGGGAAUGUCAAGAAGGGGAUGACUGUGAGUGCAACAAUUACCGCUCGGCACCCAUGAAGGAGCUGGAGAAAGUCAAAAGCGGCGAGGUGCUCGAAGCAUGGGCUUUACCGAAACGGCAACAUCAGGCCAGGACACCUGUCACACUUCUUUGGCAUCAAAUGGUACAGCGAUACUCCUGCCUUGCUUUGACGGAGCAAAGCGAUAGGCUGCCUGCUAUUGCUGGCCUGGCUCGAGAAAUUGGACGUUGCAAAAUGGGGAAAUAUCUUGCUAGUCUAUGGGAAGACUCGCUUUACGACGAUCUCCUUUGGGAAGUUGACGACAGGUGCGCGGAGAAAUUGAAGACUUAUCGAGCUCCAUCCUGGUCCUGGGCCUCGGUAAAUGGAAGUGUACGUUUC